AUGGCACAUCCAUACAACUUUGCCACAAUUCUGAUAGUUUCUCUACUAUCAAUCUCCUUCACAUUAACAAGCGUAAAAGCAGAUUUGAUAGACGAAAUUUGCUCGAAAACAGAAAACAAGGAGGUAUGUUAUUAUGCUUUAAAGGAGGAUCCUCGUUCUAAAGGUGCAAAUCUUGAAGGCCUUAUGACGAUCACAAUAGACUUAUCACAAAAGAACGCAACAUUCACAUGUAAUCUUGUUAGCAUGUUGCUUAAAAAAGCGAUAGAUCCAAAAUUAACGAUGCGAUACGCUUCGUGUUUGAAGAAUUUUAACGACGCAAAUAAUAAUCUUGAAAAAUUGCCAGACUUAUUAAAGUCCAAGGACUAUUACGGUAUGCAUACUAAUGCUUCUGCUGCUAUACGUGAUCCUUUUACGUGUGAUAACAGUUUUUUAGAACCACCAGUUGAAGCACCCGAACUCAAAGAUGCAAGUGACAAGCUUCGAGGACUUAUCGAUGUUAUUUUGAUCCUUAUCAAUUUUCUGCAAGGGUGA